AUGUUCCCACACCAGUCCAGUAUUCGCUUGCGGCUCCUUUCGUUCGUGCACGUUUCGCGGCACACGUGCGACUUUUCCUGCGACGCGACGAUCGCGAUCUCGAUCGCGCCGAGAUAUCGGCCGCGUGCGCGGCCUUGCGCGGAAAGAUAGUCCUUUGCAUCGGAUUCGGAUCCGCGAUUUCAUUGAUCGGAAAUUGAUCGUCGCAAUCCGCUUUUCGUUUAAUCGGACGAGGCAUUUGAGUUUACGCGCUUGUUAAUUAAGCUGUUUAUUGCUUUCACCGUGACUCAGACCACUUUAAAAAAAGAGAGAAAAAGAGCAUGUGGUGUAUAUGAGAGAGAAAGAGGGAGAUGGGUAGAUAGAUAGCGAGAGAAAGAGAGAGAGACAGAAAGGAAAAGGAAGAGAGAAAGGCAUAGGGGGUGGAUGAUAGGAAUUUACUGAAAAUCCAAGAUCAAAGGCAUUCAAAACGCUGGAGAAAGACGGCGGAGCUUCGGAGGAGGGGGAGAUGUCUGCUGGCACCCAGGGCGAGAUCCGGGUUGGCCCCUCGCAUCAGAUUUUCACAUAGAAUGCUCGAAAACGAAAACCGAUAAAAAGAGAAGAAAUCGCGUUCUUCUUAACGCUGCGUAGCUUUGCCGAAUGCAAAUAAGAAAGAAAAAGAAAGAGAGAAAAAUAAGAGAAUAGAGACAUGACUUAUGUCGAUUAGCCCUUGAGAAAGUUAGUCCCUUUAGAAGACAGGCCAUUGGGAACGCGUAGGAAUUGGUUUCUUGUCAGGCCCGUUUGCCUGAGUAUCGGCCGGGUAUACCUCCCGGAGAGCUGCCACCCGAUCCAGAAUUCUCCAAGGAGCGCGAGGAGCUAAGAUGGAUACCGGCGAUGGCGUUGGACGGGGAUCUGCUCAUGUACUUGAGGGCGGCCCGUUCAAUGGCAGCGUUCGCCGGUAUGUGUGACGGCGGUUCACCGGACGAUGGUUGCGUGGCCGCCGCCCGAGACGACACUACCAUCAACGCGCUGGAUAUCCUGCACGACUCUGGCUAUGAUCCCAGUAGGGCGCUCCAAGCACUCGUCAAAUGUCCCGCACCGAAAGGCAUCGACAAGAAAUGGUCCGAGGAAGAGACUAAACGAUUCGUCAAGGGCCUACGGCAAUUUGGAAAGAAUUUCUCGCGCAUUAGAAAGGAUCUUCUACCUCACAAAGAUACGCCGGAGCUGGUCGAGUUCUAUUACUUAUGGAAGAAGACACCGGGCGCGAAUAAUAAUCGACCCCAUCGGCGACGCAGACAGAGCUCGCUGCGGCGAAUUCGCAACACGCGUAACUCUCGUGCUGGCACACCCAAGGAGGAGAUCCCUACGCCUACCAAGGACACGCCGCCUGCGGUUAACCUUAGCACGAAGGAGAUUGCGUCCGAAGUUGAGACCGUACCGGUCGGUACUCCGGCCAGCCAUAAUCCAGGCGGCGAGAUUAGCUCCGUGACCGAAGACGACAAUUCGGAAGAGGACAGCGACUCGCGCGACACCAACACGAACGGAGCGACACAUUCGUGUCAACAUUGCUUUUCCGCUGGCUCGAAGGAUUAUCAAGUAGCCGGCAAAGAUAGACUAUUACUCUGCGCGGAAUGCCGGGCACACUUGAAGAAGACCGGGGAACUGCCGCCCUUGCAGCCGUAUCUAUUCCGCCCGGUGCCCGCGGAAUCGCCCGAGAGUCCCGGUAGGAUGCGCACGCGGAAUAAGGCCAAGGAGACACCGAGACCAGCGAGACCGCGACGAACCGGCGGCGGCACAGACACGCCUGAUCAAGAGAAGCAGCAGCAGCAACAGACGCCCGAUAAAAACAAGAAAAAGUCGUCCGGUAAAGCCGAUACGCCUAAGAAGGGUCAUAAACGCUCGGGUCAGACGGACGACACUUGUAACGACGAGGAUAAGGAAGCACAAAAGCGAAAACGCGGCAGCGGCGAACGGCCCGACAGCCCGUCCGAAUCUCUCACAACCGACAGUAAUUCCCUGAUGGAUGAGCCGGAGAGAGAGACGGAAGGUGACGCAAACGAAAAUCAACCGACGCCGCCAACAGUUGCUGGCGUAACCGGUGGAGAAGAACCCGUCAGUAGUCCGGCCGUUACGACGCCCGAGGAACCGUCCGAACCAACGCCGGCAUCCACUCCAGUACCAGCCGUGAUACAGAGUCUACCGAUAUCAGUACCGGUGAUACAUAAUUUGGAAAAGAAGCCUUCCGUCUUGUUAGAUCAAGAACCGAUAGAUCAAAACAAGAUAACAGACCAGACGGAAGACGUGCCAUUGGUCAUGAACCAAGCACUGAAAUUAGAACCAUUGCCGAUCGAGUCGACGAUGUCGCCAACUAUGUCUAAUGAAGAUGUAGGCAAGGAGCCCGAAACGCAGUUGAAUUUGAGCACAUCCGCGCAAUCUGUUGGAACGGGUCCUAACGAUACAGCAAGUCCCGCGGUUACGGUUCGCAAUCUGUCGCAAACUAUACCGAGUAUUAUCACGAGCGUAGGCUCGCAAGCAACUAUAUCGAGUUCACAAAUCCCGGUGAUUUCGCCCGGUCAGCAACAGACCGGCACUGGUCCCGGUGGGUUGCCGACGAGUCUCAGUAUGCAGUACGUGCAACCGCCACCACCACCGCCACCGCCGCCGGUGCAAAACGUGCCGCAGAAUCUUUCGCAAAGUAUGGCGCCGCAGAUAACGUCGAGCAGCUUGCCGCCAAACGUGCCGAAUAUGGGACCAACAAACCUUCGCGGCCACGUAACCGAAAGCUUGCCAACUUCCGUGCAAACACUGCCGCAAAGCAUGUCGGGACCGCCACCAUUGAAUCUCAAUAUCUCGCAGAGCGUGUCGGCCGGUAUUGGUGGCCCGAUCGGCCAGAUGCCGCAGAUGCCGCCAAUGUCAAGCUCGCCACAACCGCUUGGCUUGACUGUAAUGUCAUCCGAGAGUAGAAAUGCUGAAAGAAUGGUGGACGAUAGACUGUCGGUGAACGAUCGAGUGCGCGAUAACCGAGCUCCCGAUUCUCGUAUGAUGUCGGAGCGCGUGUCGGAACGAACGAACGAGAACAAUGAGUCGGAACGAUCGGAACCGAGUAACUUAUUUCAGCCGAUACAGUCCGGCGGAAUGUUGCAGAUGGAGAAGCCUGCAGGUAUCUACAAUUUACCAGCCAGUACACCACCGAUGGAGCCGCAGAAUCUAAAGAUUAAGCAAGAAAUUAUACCACCAGAGCCGGAUCCUCUACAGAGCUUGAAAGAGGUUAAGGUACCAGGCUUCCAGAGCUCCAAUUUUCCAGGUCCGAGUUUGGACAAUAUAAAGAAGGAUCCGGAUGGCGCGAGCAAACCGCCGACGCCGAGCAAACACUCUAUGCCGCCGGUUAGUCAAGCGGUACCGUCAAUUCAGCCGGUCGCGGCAUCGCCAACACCGACUCCUAACCUACCGCCGCCACCCAGCUCGAUCCCUCAACCAGUGAUGCAUCCGGCGCAGCAGCCGAGUCCACAUAUGGCCCAUCCCUUCCAUCCACAUCAUCCAUUGAUGCAUCAUUCUUUGUUCACCGCUAUGCAUACGUAUCAUCCUCAUGCCUAUCCAGGAUACGCACCAGUUGGAGGAUACCCGUCUUUCCCACCAUACGCUUACGGUCCAGUACCUCAUGCUAUUCCGCCGCCCUCGCCGCAACGAAGUCAAGAAAGCGGGAGUGCUAUGAUGACAGCGCAUCAUGCUAGCGCCAGCUCAAGUGUUGCAAGCAGAGAAGAGGGCGAGAAUCUAAUCGCGAGUCAUCACCAUUCGUCUAGUAUGCAUCAGCAACCGACGAAUUUGCACCACGACAAGUUAUUGACCAUCUCUUCUCAUAGCUCUCACAGUCAUUCGUCGUCCCAUAGUUCGCAUAGUAGCCAGCGCAAACCGUCACUUGUCUCGGCUACGUGUCUAACAUCGUCGGCUAGUUCCGUGCACCACCAUCAUCGUGCAUCACAGCCGCAACAACCACAGCCGAUCGUGCAGGAGCCAAAGAUCGAACAAGACAUGGAAACCGAACCGGAAGAGCCCAUUAGUCCCCGUGGACCGUCGCCGGAACCGCGAAUUGAGGAUUCCGAAUGUCACCGUUCGCAGUCGGCGAUUUUCCUGAGACAUUGGAAUCGCGGCGAAAAUAACUCGUGCACGCGCACUGAUUUGAUGUUUAAACCAGUGCCUGAUUCGAAACUCGCAAGGAAGCGCGAAGAACGUUCGCGGAAACAAGCAGAACGAGAACGAGAGGAGCGUGAUCGCGCCGCUGCUGCAGCUCAACAGGCUAGAAAAAUGACGACACCGGAGAAACAACCCGAAGUGUGCAAGCCGCCCAGCCGCGGACCUCUCGAGCCGGUCGUCUCGCCGUACGAUCGUUAUACCGCGCGUCCUGGUUCUUACGCGGACACGCCGGCUCUCAGGCAAUUGUCCGAAUAUGCUAGACCACAUGCCGCUUUCUCACCCGCCAGACAUCCCGCUCCGCCCGAUCCGAUGUUACAUUAUAUCUAUGGACGAGAGGCAGCAGCGCAACGACUGGAAUUGGAACAUUUGGAACGAGAAAAGAGAGAACGAGAGAUACGCGAAUUACGCGAGAGAGAAUUGAACGAUCGAUUGAAGGAGGAGUUGUUCAAAGGCACACCUAGACCGAUGCCAGCACCGCCGGUUGAUCCACACUGGCUAGAGAUACACCGUCGAUACGCCGCCGCUGGUCUGACACCAGGCCCUUCCGGACCGCCCCAGGCCUUACAUCAGUUUGGUCUUUACGGCGCUCCACCGGGUCCGAGUCAACUCGAGAGAGAACGACUCGAACGGCUAGCGCUGUCGCGUUUAGGGAUUCCGACUGCAGCCGGCGGGGGGCCAGCGGGUGGAGCGGCUGGCCAUCCCGUGGCGGCUCAUCAUCACGGCCAGUUGGAAGAACGGCUGGCUCUGGCCGCUGACCCGAUGGUCCGAUUACAAAUGGCUGGCAUCUCGCCCGAGUAUCACGCUCACACUCACGCGCAUACGCAUGCGCAUACGCACUUGCACUUACAUCCGGGACAGCAACAGGCCCAGCAACAGGCUCAGCAACAGCAGGAAGCCGCUGCGGCUGCGGCUGGAUUUCCUCUGCCGGCUGCGGCCGGCGCCAAUUAUCCUCGUCCUGGUUUAAUGCCACGCGAUCCUGCUCUGGCACUUCAUCCGGCGGAACUUCUUGGAAGACCAUACGCGGACAUGGCAGCACAUCACGAACAGUUGCAACGGCAUCUCAUGAUCGAGCGCGAAAGAUUUCCUGCGCAUGCAUCUCUUGUAGCUCAUCAUGAGGAAUACCUGAGACAACAGCGUGAGCGCGAGCUUAAAGUUCGCGCGCUGGAAGAUGCCGCACGUGGAUCGCGUCAAUAAUUAUAUUUUUUAUUUAUGUACAUACAAUAUAUAUAUAGUCUCUUGAUUGCGUUUAAGCGCGAUAUAUUAAUAUACAUAUAUGUAUAUAUAUAUAUAUAUAUACAUAUGCGCAUAUGUGUUGCAUAUAUAUAUACGCAUAUAUAUUAUAUAUAUUCGAGCGUUCUUUCAACGCAUCGAUGAGUUAAAGAUUUAAAACAGA